AUGUCCGGAGAUUUUCUUCGAGAGUCUUCCGACACGGCGGCAGAACAGGACCACGAGGAAGAGCAGGCGCACGGAGGCGCCGCUCGCUUGGCACCGGCGGCGACGGCGGCGGUAGACGUCGGGCCGCAUGUUGAGGAGGAAGCAACGGUGACCCCUACCCAGCCCCCGCCGUCCGGGAGGAAGAGCCUCAGCCCGUGGGGGUCUCACCAGAUGGAGUUCGAUGAGGCCGGGAGGGAUUCGUCUCGCCGUCGGCCGCAGGUGCCGACCCUUGGCCCGCUGAGCUACAGCGUCCCCGUGACCCCUCGAGGAAGACACGGCCACCGGACCGCUGCCCUAGACGGCGGAGCAGCUGAUCUCGCGAGCGAUGGCGCGGAGGGUUGGUCGGUGCCGCCCAUGCCUUACGAAGACGUGGUCGGCGCUGCGGUGCGGAUCCAACAGUCGCAGUCGUUCGAGCAGCAGGUUAACGAUAAUUUCUCCAAUACCGCGGCCAUUUCAGCCGAAGCUCCGGCCAGCCGAGGGGUGUUCUUGGGCGACGGCGUUCGGAGCGGCGGCGGCUCCGGCCGAACCAUGCGGGCCGGGCUGCUACCGUCGCCGCGGAAGGUGGCGGCGGCGGUAGCGGCAGCUGUCGAGGAGGACGAUGCUCGGGAGCGGUCGGCAGCGGCGGCGGAGGCGGCGGCGGCGCACAUGGAGUGGGCGGGAGGAGGAGGAGGAUCGCAACGUGGCGCAGGGAAGACGGGCGGAAGGGACGACACCCGUCGGCCGGGCUUGGAGGGGCUGGCUGGAGGCGUCGAGGCGACACCGGCGAUGAAGAGGGGCUCUGCGACGACGACGCCGACGACUAAACCGGAGAGCGUGUUGAAGAGGAUGGCGGAGGCUUGUCGGCAGGCGGGAGUUGUCUUUGAUCCGUCCUUGGAGGAUGAGAUCAAGCACGUUCUCGGCUGCGGGACCUCUUCCUCCUCCCUCGUGCCACCACCGUCAGCGCCCUCGCCUUACACGGCGCUCGCGGAGCCGCCAUCCCCGCCGUACCCAUCAAUACCGCCUUCUCUUUCCAGCGAGGCGGUUGCGGCGCCGGCGCCAGUGCCGGCACCGACACCGGUACCGGCGAAGACGUUGGGAGCGCGCGCGGACAAUCCGUGGGGCUGGGCGGCCCCGCUGGAUGACCAUGAUCAUGAUGGUCAUGAUGACGGUGCGACCGCCGGGGGGGGGACAGAGGGGGGGGUCCCUUCGGUAACCGACGGGGCCCCGGGGGGGGCGACGCCCCCCUCGCGCGACCGUUCCUGGACCGUUCCGUCCCCGUACCGGCACCUGGAUGACAAGCCCUUGUCCGCGGGGUGUAUCCCGGACUUCCGCUUGGACGGCGGGAUCGGCGGCGGUAGCGGUAGGGACGGUGAGCUCGGGUCGGGCAGCGUUGCGGCGGCGGCGGAGGGCGAGACGUGGAGGGCGUGCUCUUGUAGCUCCGAUGACGAGGACGCCUCGAGAGUGCCGGGUGAUGCUGCCGCGCGCACGGCGGGGAAGCUCUCUCGCGCUUGUGCGGAAGGAGAAGCCCACGCAGCAGAGCCGCCGCCGCAGCCGCGGCCGCCGCCGCAGCCGCCUACCGUGGCCGCGGAAUCGGCGGCGGCCUUCCGCUCGUCGCUGCAAGAUCGCGCGGGCGAUGGGGGGCACGAAGGCCUCCAAGAUGACGGGCACCACGGUGGUGUCUACACGCUCGUCCCCAAGGAGACCGGGGCUUGGUCGUCCCAAGGGGAGAGAGAGGACCCUCCGAGUGACGGCCUGGGGGAAGGAUCGACGGGCGAUAUUGAAGCCGGAACUCGCGGUUGGGAAUCGGUCCCCGGGGAGGAGAGGGGGACCGGAGGUCGGCCUUCUCUGCCGUCGCCGGUGAGACAGAGCCAGGAGCAGCAGCGCACGGCGAGGGCGGAGAUGGAGCUCGCCGUCGCGAUAGCGGAGGUCAGGCUCGAGGGCGGUGGUGAGGGGGGAUCGGGAGGGGGUGGUGGGGCGGGGGGGCACGCGGAGGAAGAAGAAGAAAGGAGGGUGGCGUCGUUCUUGGGCAUGGAGAGGUUCGAGGUCGGGUUCGGCGGGGGAGACGCGGAGGACGAGUGGGUGGACGACCUUGACCCGGGUUACAUGGUCAUGGCCGUGUCUGAGCAAGAGUUACACCACGCACAGCCUCACCCGAUGGAAGUUGCUAUCCACGCCGCUGAUAACGGCCCCGGCGGUGGCGUCGACGCCCCGCCGAAGGACCUUCUCGAAGCGGGCGAGGAAGGAGACACCGCCGUCGCUGUGUCCGGCGGGUGCGCCCCUAGCCACGAGAGCAGCGACUACGGCGGCGACGGGGGCGGCGGCGGCGGCGGCGGGGUUGGAGAGGGCGGUGGGUCAGGCGAGAGUAGAAGAAGGUCGUGGGCGGGCCGAAGCGUGGGCGAAUUUGGUUGGGAGGAGGAAGAGGACCGACCGCGUCAAAGGAGAGCUAGCUCAGACGAGGGCCGGGUUGCCGAUGGGGUGGGGGGGGGCAGAGAAAGCGAACGAGCCGGAGAUGACGAUGGCGGUUACGGGGAGGGGGAUCUCUACGAGCGGGACCUCGAGGAUGCUGUGGCCCUGCUAGAGAACGGCGGGUUCGCGCUCAACGGGAACCAGCCGGAGGCGUGGAGAAGCGAGUCGUUCAGCAGCAGCACCGGUGGCGACGGGGGCGGGGGUGGGGGCGGCGGCGGCGGCGGCGGCGGCGGCAGCGAUGAGGGAGAGAAGUACGACGCGGCAGCCGGACAAGAGGAAGAAGGGAAGAGAGGUGGUGAACCCGCUGCCGCCGCCGCCGCUGCCGCCGCCGUUGGACGAGGCGACGAUGACGGCAGGCCGCUGGACAUCGCUCACGGGACGACGACAACCAAGGGGGGAGUGGAGGCGGCGGUGGCGGCGACGGUGGCCGACAGCGGUGGCGGCGGCGGCGGCGGCGGCGGCGGCGGCGGCGGCGGCUGGGGUAACGUGCGCAGCAGCAGCAGCAACCGCAGCCGUCGACAAUUUUUCGACGGUGGGUACGACGAAGACGGCCGAGAAGGAGGAGGAGGAGGAGGAGGAGAGUCUGCGGGGUGCGGGGACGCGAACGAGGGCGGCGGCGGCGGCGGCGGCGGCGGCGGCGAGAGCGUGGAGAGCCGCCCCUCCUCGCGGCGUAAGGACAGCUUCGUCUUCAGCGACACCUCCGCCGGUAGCGCGGGGGCGGGCGAGAGGGGGGCGGGGGCGGCAGAAGGUGGCGCUCCGGCGAGCUUCGACCCCAGGUCCCCGGUGUGGCCGAGGAUAGCGGCCGACUUCGCCUUCAGCCAGGAAGACUGCGGCGAGAGCUCCGCCUUCUUGAGCCGGGAGCGGGAGGCUUUGGCCUCCUCGGACGAGGCGGAGGUCUCUAGAGAGAACAGCGCCAAGACCACGCCUCUUGACGGGGUGCGUUGGCCGGGGCACGCCAGCGGGAGAGAGGAACGGAUGGGGGAGAAACACGGACCGCAGCUGGGGAUUGCUCGAGAAAACAGCGCGAGGACUACGCCGCUCGAUGAGCAGCAGCAGCGCGAGGUUAUUCUCCAUCUACGGGCCGACGGGGGUACAAUCGGACCAGUGGCGCCGGAGCGAGGAGGCGAUGGCGAAGACACUUCUACCACCUCUGCGAUUGCCACAGCGACCGCAGGCGGCACCACCCCUGCCGCUGAAGGCGGGAGGUUGGUGGGGAUGUUGGGGGAUGGGGUCGAUGUGGAGUGGGGAGGGGGAAGUCUUGUCGCCGAAGGGCUGCGAGACAAAGAGGCGUCGGAGGAGCGGGACGCCAGGGUUUCGAGAAGAAGCCGGUCGGGAUCAUCGCGAACGGCGCCGGUGGAAGAGAGGGGGGCAGGCCGGGCGGGUUUCGAUGCGGAAGCAGCGGCGGCGGUCAGGGGAGCUGCCCGCCAGGCGGCCGGGACGUUCGGGGACGAGGGGGUGGAGGCUCAGGAGGAGACGGAGGAAGAGCUGGAGAGCUUCGACCUGAGGAUCGUGUACGCGAAGGGGAGGACCGGGUUUCAGGAGAGCAAGGCGUUCGACUGGCCGGAGGGGUGUGUGGUCGCCGGCCGCUACGAGGUGUGCGGGUACAUCGGGAAGGCGGCCUUCAGCACGGCGCUGGAGUGCCGCGACUUGCGACGAGAGCGGGGCCGUGACGCAGUGUGCCUGAAGGUGAUCAAGAACAACAAGGACUUCUUCGACCAGAGCCUCGACGAGAUCAAGCUCCUGCACCGGAUAAAGGCCGGAGGUGACCCGGAUGAGCACCACGUGCUUCACAUGUUCGACUUCUUCUACUAUGAGGAACACCUGGUGAUCGUCAGCGAGCUGCUCGGGGACAACCUGUACGAGUUUUCCAAGGCGGUGAAGGAGGCCGGACACCCGGAGUACUUCACGCUCCCUCGUCUCUGCAAGAUCACCAGGCAGUGCCUAGAGGCGCUGUCGUACAUCAACUCGCUGGGGCUUGUCCACUGCGACGUGAAGCCGGAGAACAUCCUGCUCUCGCACUACGGUAGGGCGGAGGUCAAGCUCAUCGACUUCGGGUCUUCCUGCUUCGUCACCGACCGACUGACGACCUACACUCAAAGCCGGUCCUACCGAGCUCCCGAGGUGAUAGUCGGCCUCCCCUACGGUGCCAAGGUUGACGUGUGGUCUCUCGGGGCAGUGGUGGCGGAGCUGGUGACAGGACAUGUGCUCCUCCAGAGCGAGUCUAUCCAGACUAUGCUUGCGCGCAUCCAGGGUAUCGCCGGGCCCUUUCCUCGCUGGAUGUUGGUUGAGGGAGAAGAGGCGACCAAGUACUUCACCCCAGAGGGCUACGUGUACCAGAGGAUGGACGAAGGUUCAUACCGAGGCUCCUCGUCCGAGACAGAGUCUCCUCGGUUCGACGGCUCGCGCCCACCCCCCUCCCGCCACCGCCGCCGCGAGGACGGGGACGGAGAGGAAGAGGCCUCCUCCUCCGCGAGCCCUCGGUACGCCAUCAUCUACCCCAAGAGGACGUCCCUAAGCCGGCGGCUUCGUGUGGAAGACGACGCGUUCUUGGAUUUCGUCACGACUCUUCUGCUCGUCGACCCUACCCGCAGGCCAACCGCGACGAAAGCUCUGUGCCACCCCUGGAUCCUGUCUGGCCUAUCCUACCCCGACGACGACCUGUGGUAUCCCCCGGACGAAGAACAAGAACAAGACGACGUCCACGGCGAGCAUGCCACCGGGGCUCGCGACGGGGAGGACGUCGGGGGCGACGUACAAAUAGGGGUUCGCGGCGGCGGCGGCGGCGGCGAUGGGGUGGGUUUCCAAUCGGACGACCAUGGUGACAUCGAGGAGGGGAAGGUCGACGCCUGCACGGUAAUAGUUGGCCGUGCUGCUGGCGGUUGGAUGGUUCGAUGGUAGCGGCAAGACCGGGUAGAGGCGGUUGCGUACGCGGGGGGCGGGUCGCUAGGGCGGCUGCGCUUCCUUGCGUUGGGUCUGCGCAAGAGUUUUUUUCGUUUGAUGGGGUGUUCCGAUUUGUGGUUUGGCGUGGUGGCGCUUUGCUGCGUAUUUAUUCAUAACAGUCGGUGUUGUUUGGAGCUUUGUUUGCUUGCUUCACUCGGGUGUGUUAGGGUUCGAAUUUUGUCGUUCCAAGCGGGAAAAAUGUUUUGGGAACCUUGCGGAGUGGAGCGUUUUGGUGCUGGUUUUGUUGGCGGUGGUCCGUUGUACUAGCUGCGAUUCAUUAUUUUGUGUGUGUGUGUGUGCUUUUUCCCAUUGACCCGAGAUAGCGUCUUCAAUUCGUCAAAAAGAGCUUGAGCACCGUUCGAGAUGAAUGAAAAAAAUUAUUUGUUGGUUGUGUUCUGGUCGUAUGUGUGCGCGAAAUGGAACACUAUUUUUAGCUUGUUGUGCCACUGCUGUCGCUGCUGGGGGUGCAGGGCCCGACGUGUCACUUGACUGUGCGGGGAAAAGUGCAGGUGCAUCGAGACGGUUAGCUGCUCCUUCCAUGCACCCCUGCGGCGGACUCUCUGUCGAAUCAGCACUUUGGGUGCGGUGUGAGCAGCAAGCAGG